ACUUAUUACUAAACUCUUUAAUGGAAAAAAUCCCCUUCAUAUAGGUCGAGAUUACCUUUCUACUCUUGAAUUAAAAGAAGAGGGGGGAGGCAAGUUUGAACUUCUAUGCGCAUGAACGAACCUGGCAUAUUCAUCUUUACCUCUGAACUUCUCAUCUUCGGAGCAGUUGAAAAGUGAGGAGCAAGUCGGGUUUUAAUGAUCUCCACACUGACAAAGUUGCUUGAGUUAAGUCGUAGAAUCUAGCAUCGACGACCUGCAAAUACGAUCUCUGCAUAUAUUAACAACCUGCAAAACCAAGGAUCGAUGAACUUUUUGUGAUUUGAGGCAAAGAACUACAGCAUCUUGGAAGGGUAAAGGGUAGCGGCGAAGGUUCUUCAUAGCUAUUGCAACUUUAAGGAAAAUGUCGGCGGUUAUGGGAUCUCUCUCGAGCUUUCAGGCCAUUCCCUUCAAUACUGCUGGAAUGGAGAAGGAAGAAGAGAAAACCAACAACAACAGUAACAGUGGCGCCAAACAGAGUGAAGAAAAUGCAGAGAAACUCAAGAGAGAAUACAGUUGUGCUUCUAAUUGUUCUACAGAGAAUGGAUAUGACGAUGACCCAGAAGAUGAUGAUGAUGCCAAGUCUAAAGUAGGGAAAGAAGAAUUAGACCUUGGUCCCCAAUUCUCCCUUAAAGAACAGCUCGAGAAAGAUAAGGAUGAUGAGAGCCUAAGGAGAUGGAAAGAACAACUUCUUGGAAGUGUAGAUAUAAAUGCUGUUGGAGAGAAUGCAGAUCCAGAAGUACAGAUACUGAGCCUUACCAUCCUGUCUCCUGACCGACCGAAUCUAGUUUUGCCAAUUCCAUUUGUUCCCAAUUCAAAGGGCCACGCUUUUGCUCUCAAGGAUGGAUGCCGCUAUCGUCUCAAGUUCUCCUUUGUUGUCUCCAACAAUAUUGUUUCUGGUCUUAAAUAUACUAACACUGUGUGGAAGACGGGGGUGAGAGUUAAUAAUAGAAAGGUAAUGCUGGGAACAUUCAGUCCUCAGCAAGAGCCUUACACAUAUGAUUUGGAAGAAGACACAACCCCUUCUGGCAUUUUUGCAAGGGGUUCCUACUCUGCAAGAACUAAGCUUGUAGACGAUGAUGGCAAGUGCUAUUUGGACAUAAAUUACAGUUUCGAAAUCCGUAAAGAAUGGCCAUCAUCAACUUCUUGAGAUUUUUCUCUUCUUCCAAUCCAUUAAUCUAGCAUGGAACCUCACACAAUGACCAACUUAGAGAUGAUAUUCCAACGGGGAGAAAUUAAAACCCCAUUUAUGAAGUUCUUAUUCAUUUCUUUCAUUAGUAGGAAGAUUAGGCCAAUGUUUUUGGUGGUUGACAAAGAAUGGAUAAUUCAUGUAGCAUUUGUUGUAUGAGGCAAGUUUUAUUGUACUGAAAAUGUUAUAGUGCCUUGCCUUGA